ACUGAUUGUUGUGUACCAAACCGCCGAUCACCUGUGAGGGCUCCGUGUUGUGUAGCAAGUGACCAGCAUCCCGGCCGCUGUGGGCGUGCUGCUGUGGGUGUGGUGGUGCUGCUGUUGCUGUGGGCGUGGUGGUGUUGCUGUGGGCGUGGUGGUGUUGCUGUGGGUGUGGUGGUGCUGAUGUGGACGCUGGAGUGUGUUGACAUGCUUUAUAUUAUAGUAAGGCGAGUGCGGUGGCCCAUAGGGCUAUCCGAACAGCUAAGCGUGGGGGGUUGGAGAUUUUUAGUUUCCACCAUUACGUCUGAUACUCCUCUGCCCCUGAUCUGGAAGAAAAUCCACAAGGUAGUGGGUUUUGUCGUCAAGUGCCACGAAGACCGAAGUUUGCAAAGAAAUCGAGUGAAGGCACGGCAGUUAAUGAUAACAAAAUUGGAUAAUCAUUUUAAUGGAGAAAUGAGUGUAGAUUCUCAGCUCAGGAGAAUACAGGAAUUAAAAAAUUCAAAGGUGCAUAAAAAAUCACUGAAAAGAGAAAUGAUGAAAAAAGCUUGGAGAGAAAGAGAAGGCAUUGACUAAACAUUACUGUAAUUAAAUUUAUGACAACAAAUCAAAUGAUACUUAGCAGUCAAAUAAUAAUUACUAAUUAUAUAAAUGGGUGCAUUAUAUAUUUAACUGAAAAUAAUAAUUAAAGUUUAUUGGUGAUAGAGAUUUUUAAGUUAUAUGAACAAUCUACAAAAUCAUUUGAGGUUUUAAGUCUCUUUGAAGAUUUAGUCAAAAUCAUGACAAACCAAAGAAUUUAGACUCCUUUUCAUAUAUUGUUAGUGAACAAGUUAGUAAUGAUGUCAUUUUGAUUUUAAGCCUGGCACAAAGACCACUGAUCAAUUAGUGCAAUUAUUUAAUUGUAAUUACUAUACCUAAUUGUAGUUACAGGAUGAUAAACAUGGUCAUGGUAACCCAUCCUCCUUGUAUAUUUUAUUUUACUUUUGAGUUCAGCAUUUGUUCUCAUGUUUAAUACAGAAUCUUGCUGCUCAUUUCAUUUCCCGAUGAGCCUUUACA